AGCCUUUCUCGCAUGCACACUCCUCAGAGGCAGGAAAUACUUUCCAGGCAAUCUGGGCCUGGUUGUGGAGGCCCCUUUUGCAAAACCUCAGUCUGAAUUUAGUAGACAGAAGUCACUAGGAAUGCCUUGACAGAAUCCUGCCUUAGCUAAGGCUCCCUCCAGCUGCAGAGGGUGUUUUCGUUAGAAUCACACACUGCGUGAAACUGCUCAGAAUAGAGCCAUGAUCUCAACCACGAAAUGGGAACUUAGAUUUUGGAGAAACCAACGGGGACGGACUUCUUUCCUAGCCUGAGUGUUGAGCAGUGUCAUGCCUUGGCGUUUCAGCUCCUCGUUGUCUAGGUGGUGAAAUGACAGAACUCAUUCCUUUCUUUGAUUGGUGAUUUUGAAAUAAUCUUUCAUCAAGUUUCAUCUCCUUUACCCUCAUAUGGAAUAUAUCUCUAUGUCUGUUGUUAAACUACGAUGACAUGUCUGUAGCUAUCAGAAAGAGAAGCUGGGAAGAACAUGUGACCCACUGGAUGGGACAGCCUUUUAAUUCUGAUGAUUAUAACACAGCAUGUCAUCAUGGACUUGUAGCUGACAGCUUGCAGGCAAGUAUGGAAAAAGAUGCAACUCUAAAUGUGGACCGCAAAGAAAAGUGUGUUUCACUACCUGAUUGCUGUCAUGGAUCAGAGCUGAGAGAUUUUCCUGGGAGGCCAAUGGGUCACCUGUCAAAGGAUGUGGAUGAAAAUGACAGCCAUGAAGGUGAAGAUCAGUUUCUUUCCCUGGAAGCCAGCACAGAAACACUAGUGCAUGUUUCUGAUGAGGAUACCAAUUCUGAUUUAUGCCUUACAGAUGAUAAACAGGUUUUGAAUACCCACGGGCAUAAAACAUCAGGGCAACAUAUGAUCGAAGGAGCAGGCUCCUUAGAAAAGGCACUGCCCAUCAUAAAAAGUAACCAAGUUUCUUUUAACUCCUGGGGAAUGGCUGAUAAAACUGAAUUAGCACUGGUAAAAGAAAGUGGGGAGAGAAAAGUUGCUGACUCUAUAAAUAAAAGCCUGGAGCUUUGCAAUGAAAUAGUUUUAAGUGAAAUAAAAGAUGCACCCAAAGUAAAUGUAGUUGAUACUUUGAAUGUGAAAGAUAUUGCACCUGAGAAACAAUUGCUUAAUUCUGCUGUAAUUGCUCAGCAACGAAGGAAACCUGACUUCCCUAAAGAUGAAAAUGAAAGAAGCACCUGCAAUGUAGUACAAGAUGAGUUCUUGGAUAUUCCUUGUACAAACAGAGGACUGCCAUUAUUAAAAACAGAUUUUGGAAGCUGCCUUCUGCAGCCUCCUUCCUGUCUAAAUGGAAUGUCAGCUGAAAAUGGCCGGGAGAAGAGUGGUUUUUCACAACAUCAAAACAAAAGUCCACCAAAGGUCAAGGCAGAAGAUGGCAUGCAGUGUUUACACUUAAAGGAGACCCUGGCCACCCAGGAACCCACAGAUAACCAAGUCAGACUUCGUAAGAGAAAGGAAAUAAGAGAAGAUCGAGAUAGGGCGCGGCUGGACUCCAUGGUGCUGCUGAUUAUGAAACUGGACCAGCUUGAUCAGGACAUAGAGAAUGCCCUCAGCACCAGCUCCUCUCCGUCGGGCACACCAAUGAACCUGCGGCGGCACGUUCCUGAUCUGGAAUCAGGAUCUGAAAGUGGAGCAGACACCAUUUCAGUAAAUCAGACACAAGUAAAUUUGCCUUCUAACACUGAGUCCACGGACCUCCCAUCUUCCACCCCAGUGGCCAAUUCUGGAACCAAACCCAAGACUACGGCUAUUCCAGGUAUUUCAGAGAAGGAAAAGGCUGAAAUUGAAGCCAAGGAAGCUUGUGACUGGCUACGGGCAACUGGUUUCCCCCAGUAUGCACAGCUUUAUGAAGAUUUCCUGUUCCCCAUCGAUAUUUCCUUGGUCAAGAGGGAGCAUGAUUUUUUGGACAGAGAUGCCAUUGAGGCUCUAUGCAGGCGUCUAAAUACUUUAAACAAAUGUGCGGUGAUGAAGCUAGAAAUUAGUCCUCAUCGGAAACGAAGUGACGAUUCAGACGAGGAUGAGCCUUGUGCCAUCAGUGGCAAGUGGACUUUCCAAAGGGACAGCAAGAGAUGGUCCCGGCUUGAAGAGUUUGAUGUCUUUUCUCCAAAACAAGACCCAGUCCCUGGGUCCCCAGACGACUCCCACCCGCAAGACGGCGCCAGCCCCGGAGGCACGCUGAUGGACCGCGGCGAGCGCCAGGAGGUGUCUUCGGUCCGCAGCCUCAGCAGCACUGGCAGCCUCGCCAGCCACGCGCCCCCCAGCGAGGAUGCUGCCACCCCCCGGACUAACUCCGUCAUCAGCGUUUGCUCCUCCAGCAACUUGGCAGGCAAUGACGACUCUUUCGGCAGCCUGCCGUCUCCCAAGGAACUGUCCAGCUUCAGCUUCAGCAUGAAAGGCCACGAAAAAACUGCCAAGUCCAAGACGCGCAGUCUGCUGAAACGGAUGGAGAGCCUGAAGCUCAAAGGCUCCCACCACAGCAAGCACAAAGCGCCUUCAAAGCUGGGGUUGAUCAUCAGCGGGCCCAUCCUGCAAGAGGGGGUGGAUGAGGAGAAGCUGAAGCAGCUCAACUGCGUGGAGAUCUCCGCCCUCAACGGCAACCGCAUCAACGUCCCCAUGGUACGAAAGAGGAGCGUUUCCAACUCCACGCAGACCAGCAGCAGCAGCAGCCAGUCGGAGACCAGCAGCGCGGUCAGCACGCCCAGCCCUGUUACCAGGACCCGGAGCCUCAGUGCCUGCAACAAGCGGGUGGGCAUGUACUUAGAGGGCUUCGAUCCUUUCAAUCAGUCAACAUUUAACAACGUGAUGGAACAGAACUUUAAGAACCGCGAGAGCUACCCAGAGGACACGGUGUUCUACAUCCCUGAAGAUCACAAGCCUGGCACUUUCCCCAAAGCUCUCACCAAUGGCAGUUUCUCCCCCUCGGGGAAUAACGGCUCUGUGAACUGGAGGACGGGAAGCUUCCACGGCCCUGGCCACAUCAGCCUCAGGAGGGAAAACAGCAGCGACAACCCCAAGGAACUGAAGAGGCGCAAUUCUUCCAGCUCCAUGAGCAGCCGCCUGAGCAUCUAUGACAACGUGCCGGGCUCCAUCCUCUACUCCAGUUCAGGGGACCUGGCAGAUCUGGAGAAUGAGGACAUCUUCCCCGAGCUGGACGACAUCCUCUACCACGUGAAGGGGAUGCAGCGGAUAGUCAAUCAGUGGUCGGAGAAGUUUUCUGAUGAGGGAGAUUCGGACUCAGCCCUGGACUCGGUCUCUCCCUGCCCAUCCUCUCCAAAACAGAUACACCUGGAUGUGGACAACGACCGAACCACACCCAGCGACCUGGACAGCACAGGCAACUCCCUGAAUGAACCGGAAGAGCCCUCUGACAUCCCGGAAAGGAGGGAUUCUGGGGUUGGGGCUUCCCUAACCAGGUCCAACAGGCACCGACUGAGAUGGCACAGUUUCCAGAGCUCACAUCGGCCAAGCCUCAACUCUGUAUCACUACAGAUUAACUGCCAGUCUGUGGCCCAGAUGAACCUGCUCCAGUGGAGUCUUAGGAAAUUAUCAGCGUGGAUUCUCGGUGGGGAUCGUAAUGUGUUCUUUUCACAUUCCGCCGUCGGGCUUUUCUCCCCCGACAAAGCGAGCAUUAUGCACACUUAUAGCCUAGCCACCAUAUUAGCACAGAUCUGGAGCCCACAGGGUUUACCUGCAGAAGUGGACAAGUGUAGACAGACAAGUGAACAUGUCUCCCCCGACACCACCAUCUCUGUGUUCUUUAACAGGGCCGUGCCCAAGUUCAUGAAGAGGAUCAAGGUUCCAGACUACAAGGACCGGAGUGUGUUCGGGGUCCCACUGACGGUCAACGUGCAGCGCACAGGACAGCCGUUGCCUCAGAGCAUCCAGCAGGCCAUGCGAUACCUCCGGAACCAUUGUUUGGAUCAGGUUGGGCUCUUCAGAAAAUCGGGGGUCAAGUCCCGGAUUCAGGCUCUGCGCCAGAUGAAUGAAGGUGCGGUAGACUGUGUCAACUACGAAGGACAGUCUGCUUAUGACGUGGCAGACAUGCUGAAGCAGUAUUUUCGAGAUCUUCCUGAGCCACUAAUGACGAACAAACUCUCGGAAACCUUUCUACAGAUCUACCAAUAUGUGCCCAAGGACCAGCGCCUGCAGGCCAUCAAGGCUGCCAUCAUGCUGCUGCCUGACGAGAACCGGGAGGUUCUGCAGACCCUGCUUUACUUCUUGAGCGAUGUCACAGCAGCCGUAAAAGAAAACCAGAUGACCCCAACCAACCUGGCCGUGUGCUUAGCGCCUUCCCUCUUCCAUCUCAACACCCUGAAGAGAGAGAAUUCCUCUCCCAGGGUAAUGCAAAGAAAACAAAAUUUGGGCAAACCAGAUCAGAAAGAUUUGAAUGAAAACCUAGCUGCCACUCAAGGGCUGGCCCAUAUGAUCGCCGAGUGCAAGAAGCUUUUCCAGGUUCCCGAGGAAAUGAGCCGAUGUCGUAAUUCCUAUACUGAACAAGAGCUGAAGCCCCUAACUCUGGAGGCACUCGGGCACCUGGGAAAUGAUGACUCAGCUGACUACCAACACUUCCUCCAGGACUGUGUGGAUGGCCUGUUUAAAGAAGUCAAAGAGAAGUUUAAAGGCUGGGUCAGCUACUCCACUUCGGAGCAGGCUGAGCUGUCCUAUAAGAAGGUGAGCGAAGGACCCCCUCUGAGGCUUUGGAGGUCAACCAUUGAAGUCCCUGCUGUGCCAGAGGAAAUCUUAAAGCGCCUACUUAAAGAACAGCACCUCUGGGAUGUAGACCUGUUGGAUUCAAAAGUGAUUGAAAUUCUGGACAGCCAAACUGAAAUUUACCAAUAUGUCCAAAACAGUAUGGCACCUCAUCCUGCUCGAGACUACGUUGUUUUAAGGACCUGGAGGACUAAUUUACCCAAAGGAGCGUGUGCCCUUUUACUAACCUCCGUGGAUCACGAUCGGGCUCCUGUGGUGGGUGUGAGGGUUAAUGUACUCUUGUCCAGGUAUUUGAUUGAACCCUGUGGGCCAGGAAAAUCCAAACUCACCUACAUGUGCAGAGCUGACUUAAGGGGCCACAUGCCAGAGUGGUACACAAAAUCUUUUGGACAUUUGUGUGCAGCUGAAGUUGUAAAGAUCCGGGAUUCCUUCAGUAACCAGAACACUGAAACCAAAGACACCAAAUCUAGGUGAUCACUGAAGCAAAGCAGCCGCUUCCACCACCAGGGUGUUUGUUUCUAGAACCUUGGCCAGUCCUUGAAGAAUGGGUUCUGUGUCUAAUCCUGAAACAAAGAAAACUACGUGCUGGAGUGUAGGAAUUGACUAUAGCAAUUUGAUACAUUUUUAAAGCUGCUUCCUGUUUGUUGAGGGUCUGUAUUCAUAGACCUUGACUGGAAUAUGUAAGACUGUGCAAAAAAAAUGUAUUUGUAUUCUUAUUCAAAUUGCUUCUGAGAAGCAAAACUCUUUAAAUACAUUAUGGAAGAUAAUGAAGAUACUUCAUUCUCUCGUGAUAUCGGUGUAUGCGUACCUGUGUCGCUUUAUUUGCAGUGUGUUGAGGGACUGGUGUAUCCACUGGAAUAGCUGGUACUCUUUGACGUGUUUUCUCACCAAGAUGAGCAAAGAAAGGUUUGCACAGAGGAGUGUGAAUGUGUGUUUGUUGCUGGUUGAAUGGCAAUAGAUGUCUAAGAUGGAUUCAGUGUCUGGCACACUGAGACACCUCCAAGAAGGAGAUUGAUGCGUCAGGUUCAGUUUAACCUGGAAUAUCUGACUACCCGUGAAUCCACCCAGAAAGGGGGCCCAACACCCUUGUCCGUUUAUGCUUUGUUGGUUUUUUUCCAAGUUACUAAGCAUAUUCCUUCUCCACCAACCUCUUUUGUACUUUGAUUGUAAUAGAUUGGCUCUGACACCCAUUUCCAAUGCAGUUUCUUUUUAGACCUGAUUGCAAGUAGUGAUGUAGUUUUAACCAGUAUGGAUUAGUUCAGGGAUGAACUACUCCCUCUGACCUUACUGGCUCUGAUCCACAGGGUUUUGUUUUGUUUAAGUUGAGAUGUAAAAACUGAACGUGAUAACACUUACUCUUAAAUCAAGCAUCAAAACUUUUUCCCUGUUAGAAUUCUUUGCAUUUUUGUGUUUGUAACAGAAACGCUUUAAGACACUAUGUUUGGGAAUGUAGGAAACUGUGUGGCCCAAGGAAAUCCCUGUAAAUUUAACCCACCUACGAAAGGCUUUUUCCCCCGCCUUUGGUUGUUAACAGCAUUCCCGAAAGCCACAUGUGUUUAUUAAUUGGGUUUGUUCUUAUCAAUAGGUUUUCUGGUUUUAUGACUUUUUGUCUUAUUUUAUUUUUCCUACAUUUCUUUCUUUUUUUUCCUUUAGAAUGCCCUUGAAAUAUAUUUAAGUGGUAAUGAAAAAUAGGAAUCAUAGUAAAAAACAACAAGAAAACCAACUCAAACCAGUGAAGUUUUUUAGAAGGGUGGUCUUUAUUCAGGUUUUACUGUAAUGGUAAGGAUUGACUCAAGAGACAGUAUUAGUAAAUUUAUUUUGUAUGGAUCAAAAGUGAAUAAUGUAUGAAUGAGAGUUGUAAGAAGGAUUUUUAUUUUGUUAUAAUGUAGUUACCAUUUUCAGUGUUAUUUCAAAGGUUCUUUGAAGAAUUUCGGGGCAGGGGGUCAGAUUAGAGUUUUAAAAUUUGAGUAUUUUGGAUAUCAGUGUUCCUCAUGAAGAUAUACUUGGAUAUUCAAUUUUGAUGGCUUCCAGAUUUGUAAGAUUGUAUGUUGUAUAUACCAUUCUAUUAAGAAACAUGUCCACUGUGCUUUCAAACAUAGAUAAAGCAUGAUAAAGAUUAUUAUUUAAGAUAUACUUGUAUUUAUACCUCAGAUAUUCUUUUGGGUUUUGUACCUCAAGGCUUUUUUCUCCUUAUUGUAAAUACACUUUACGUGAAUACAGUCUAAGUGAAGAAAAUAAAUAAAAGGAAGAGGUUUAUAACUUGCUCUAUAUCUGUACAGAAUAUAAUCAAUAAGUGCACUAUUAAAUGUUUAAGGGAAAAGUCUGGGCUGCCUUCCUUAAUAUUGCAUCUCACUCCCACCCUUAAAACCACAUAUUGCAAAGCAUAGCAUUUUAGCAUCAGCUACAAUCAAAAGAGUGAUUUGCUGAAGGAAAAAUCGGACUGCAAAUCAUUCCAAGGCCAAACUGCAACUGAGCCACCCACUCCCAACAGGAAACCCUGGUGAAGGUUCAGGAAGCACGGAGAUUCUCUCCAAACAAAGGUCCAGUUAGGAAACGACGCUGAGAGGAUGACAAGAACGUGCAACAGCAGAAAGAUGCUCGCAAGCAGAGUUAGGCUCGCCGACGAAUACCACAAAAGGUCUCUUUCCCACUAUUUAAUUUGACAAAAGAAAAAUUUGAAGGAUAUGAACAUUUUCAAGAACUCUGCUGAGGUCAAUUAGAGCGCCAUCACAACUUAUUUGUGUGACUAAUUGUCUAGAUUGUAAGCUUUUUGAGGGCAGGGCUCGUCUCCUACACAUCUUUAUAAUCCCCUGCAGCAGCUUUCAGUAUUUUGUACUUGUAGGCACCUAAUAAAUUUAUUAUUUGCUAAACUGAA